AUAAGUUUAAAAUAAUAAAUAAAAAUCAACAACAAAUAAAAACAAUUAAUUAAAUAAUUUAUUAAUAAUAAUUAUAAUUAUAAAUUAAUAAAUUUUAAUUUAUAUAUUAAAAUUUAAUAAUAAAUAUUUAAAAUGGAAAGCAUAUCACAAUCAAAAGACUAUUCAUAUCUUAUUCAGCCAAUUAGAGAUUUAGCAGAAAAUUGGAAUAUUGAUAUAUCCAAAGAAUUGGAGGAUUAUUUAUCUGAUUUAGAUAAAAUCUCAUUUACGUUCGAUGGAGGAGAUCAAAAUAAAUCGUUUAAUUUUGCAGAGGCUGCAUUAUUAAUCCAAGGCUCUGCUGUAAUUUAUAGUAAAAAAGUAGAAUAUUUAUAUAAUUUAUUAUUUCAAACAUUGGAUUUAUUAGCCCAAAGAAGAAAAAGAAAAGACAAUACAUCAAUUAUGGCAGAUGGUACAGAUAGAGAUAUUCAAUUAGAUGAUGAAGUAGAGUUUUUGGCUCUAGAUGAUAUUUUAGUGGCAGAUGAAAAUAUAGAUUUAAAUGAAGGGGAUGAAGAAGAAAAUGGUGAAGAUGGGUCAACUCGUCAAAAUAAAGGUAAAACAUUAAUUGAAUUUAGUAACAACGAUUCAAAUUAUAAGAUUGCAUUAAUGAAUAAUGCUGGUUCAAAUGAUCACAGAGCAAUGCUAGAUAGUUUAAACGAUGACAAUGAUGAUGAACAAGUCAAUCCAGAUACUAAAAAGCAAUUAUUUAUAAAUAAUAACGCCAACGAUUUAAAAAGAAGUGAUUUUAGAAUGAACGAUGCUAUAGUUUCAAGAAGUGGUGCUAUGGUAUUAAGGGGUUUAGAUUUUUUAGAUCAUGAAAGUCUAUUACAAAGACCAGUUUUUAAUCAAUUCGAAAAUCAAUAUUUAGAUAACGAUAAUAGCAACAAUGCAAACGAUCAAAGCUUGGCAUUUUUAAAUGAUGAAAACAAAUUAAUAACUCCACCAGAUUUUGAUACUCCACAACUUCAACAAGAACAACAAGAAGAAUCAUUACCAGCAACAACUGAUGAAAAUGUAAAUAAUGAAAAUAAACAAUCAGAAAUAAGCAAUAAUAAUAAUGAUGAUUGGGGUAAUUUUGGUGAGGCUAAAGAUGAUAGUAGCGACGAUGAACAUAAUGAAGGUAUGGGUGAUAUAGAUGACGACGAUGAAGAUAGAUUAAAAGAAUUAAAUAGCAAUGGUGAACAAGAUCCAAAUAAAAGGCCAAUGAAAUCUGAAAAAAGCACAAAGAAAUCAAAACCAACUACAAGAGAUGCAUGGGAACUAUUAGAUCCAUUUGAGGAUUCCGGCAACAAGCCAUUAGAAAGACCAUUCAAGAAGGGCAAAACAUUCGUAAUACCAUUUGCUUUAUUAGAUUCCGAAAAACAAAAGAAACAAAAAAAGAAAAUAGAUGAAGGUGAAAAAAAGAAGCAAUCCAAAGAUACAAUCAAAGCAGAUAGCGCAACAUCAAUGUCAAACCCAGCCGAGUCCAUUUUACAGUUUCCAGAUGAAUCACUACCUCUAAGAGGGUGCUAUUUUAAAGAGUUGGCCUAUCUAUAUAAUAAGAAUAUUCAACAAACUAAAAAGAAACUUAAAGAUAUCAAUGGUGUUGAAGAAAGUGAUCUUAAUGGAGCCGGUCUAGAGUUAUUACCAGAAGAGGAUAUUGGUAGAACAAGUGGUUAUUAUGGUGGCAAUACUUUUGAACCAAGCAAUAAUAAUGGCAAUGGAAAUGGUAAUGGUGAAUAUGAUGGUGAAGGAAAUGGUCCAUCUUGGGAUGACGAUUGGGGUGACUAUGGUGCAGCCAAAGAUGAUAGUAGUGAUGAAGAUGAUGCCAAUGGUUUACCAACCUCAGCGACUAUUGAACACUAUGACGGUCCAUUCGAUGGUAAUCAAUAUAAUUUCGACAAUGUAAAUAUUCCAGAUGCAAACUCUGCAAGAGUAGAGCACUACAGUCAACCAACACAAACCUAUGAAGAAUUAUGUAGAUCAUAUGUUGAAAAAUACUUGGAAAGUGCUUCCAAAUACGUUAGAGAGACUGCUCUCUCACAAAGAGUAAACGAAUGGAAUAAUAGGUUGAUGCCAAUUCUUCAAGAACAAGACUCCCAUCCAUCUUUUGAUAUUCACACCUAUGGUAAUAAAUUUUUAUAUUCAAUGAAACCCUAUGCUACAAACAAAACAAACCAACUAGAUAAUAAUGACGAUACAGAAAUAGAGCAAAACCUCGACGACGAAGAUACCGAUCCAACUUUAGAAAUUAAUAAAGAAGCCGUGGUUUCAUUUAGAGAUAUCACAAAGCAAUCACCAGUAUAUGAAAUUUGUAGAAUGUUUACAUCAUGUCUUCAAUUAGCAAAUAAUGGUAACAUUGAAAUUAUUCAGCCAGAAAGCAAAGACGAUAUUGAGCAAUUAAAUUUCCAUCUCUUAACAUUAAAGAAAAAACAUGAUAUCGAAGCUCUAAUGGUACCAUCACAACAUAAAAGCCUAUUGGAUGACGAUGAUGAAGAACAAAAUGAAUUAAUAAAUAAACACAUUGAAAAUUCAACACCAAAAAAGAAAAAUAAUAAUAAAGGGAAAAAGAAAAAAAAAACAACUGUAACAACAACAACAACAACAACAACAAGAGGUAGUAAAAGACAAAUUAAAAAAUUAAAACAAAACGAAGAAGAGGAAGAUGAACAAAGUGAACAGGAACAAUCCGAAGAAGAAGAAGAUACCGAUGAAGAAGAGGAAGAAGAAAGUUCAGAUGAUGAAAAAGUUAAAAAGAAACAAAAAACAUCUAAAAAAACUAGUAAAGCCACUAAAUCAAAACCGAAAUCUAAAAAAUUACAAAAUGGAUCUAAAUAA